GCUGAAAUUUUUUUCUCGUAUUCUCACUGGUGUAGGGAACAAUCUUUGGGGGUUACAAACCCUGACUUACGGUGCCUUCGGUAGUUAUCAGGUAAUCAGGGGCGCAGUACAGAGAGCUCGGGUACUGCGCCCCUGAUUACCUCAUACCUACCGAAGGCACCAUUAGUCGAGGUUUGUAACCCCCAAAGAUUGUUCCCUACACCAGUGAAAAUACGAAAAAAAAAUUUCAGCUUUUAUACUUUAACGUAUGUCCGGCAGGCGCUGGCUCUUACUCUAUUUAUUCAUCUAUCAAUUGUAGUUGUCAACUUCACGUGCUUUUUUAGGUUAUGUUAUUGUGCUGUCAUAUGUUUAGCUCAUAUCUUACAAUUAGUAGCAAACUGUUUUAUAUGAUAGUUUUCACUUUGAUAACAAUAAUUUUUUACUGGCUUUUCUUUAAUGUCUUUUGAUUACAAUUUUUUCAAUCUUGUAUUAACAAGUAGUUUUCUACUAAGUUAGGUUUUCUUCAAUGUAAUAAAAUAAGUUAGGUAAUAAAAUAAAACUGUUUUCUAAAUAAAUUGUAUAAUAUUGUGUUUUAACCUCAAAAGUUUUGACUAAAUAAUUGUGUUAUAAUAUAAUUGCUGUAAAAUGGGAAACAAUACGAUUCCGGACAGAUGGGAACCUUAUAGCUGCGUGGGUAAACAAAUUCCUGGCACAAGAUUUUUAGCAUUCAAAGUGCCUCUUAAAACGCAAAUUUCUGCAAAAGUUGAUUUUGGGAAGCGAUUUACACCAAAACAUUUGAUAGAACAAGUUCCAAAUUUAGGCUUGGUCAUUGAUUUAACAAACACGAAACGUUAUUAUGAUCAGCGGGAUAUAACAGUUCAUGGCGUAGAAUAUGUUAAAGUUGCCUGUGUGGGUCGUUUAUUACCUAGUGAUGCAGUCUUGAAUAAAUUUAUUAAAGUUGUCGAUGAAUUUUUAAAAGAAAAUGCAGAUAAUGAUAAAUUGAUUGGAGUUCACUGUACCCAUGGUGUAAAUAGAACUGGUUACUUCAUAUGUAAAUAUAUGAUCGAUAAAAUGAAUUAUAAUCCAUUAAUUGCUAUAAAGGCAUUCGAUGAAGCACGCGGGCAUAAAAUGGAGCGUGACAUCUACAUUAAUGAAUUAGUGAAUGGUUCUAAUUUAGGUAAAACGGACUUACCUACAGAAUUACCUGUUGAUGCAAAUAUUAUUCCAACACAUCCUAAUCCACAUGAUCGAUUAGUUGAACUCAAAUCCCUUAAAGAGAAAUAUAGACAUCCUCCUAAAGGUGGUAGAUUAUCCCCACGUGAUUCACGUAAAUUUAUGUCAUCGCCAACAAUUCCUAAACAUGCUACUCAACAUUUACCACCAAGAUCAAACAAUCCAAGAAAUUAUCCUAAUAAUAAUUAUAAUAUACAAAGGAAUAGCCAUAAUCGUCAGAGCUAUAGUAAUAUUCGGAAUAAUCUCCCUACUAGACAAGUGGGACAAUACGAUACACAUGGAAAUAAUCAUAAUCGCCAGAGAUACAGCAUUAAUCGGAAUAAUGUUCCACCUAGACAAAAUAAUAGCUAUGAUGCGAAUCGUCAAUAUACGAGUCAACGAUAUCAAUCAAAUCGAUUCCAUAAACCUGAUAUACAUCCGAGGUAUACAAAUCGAAUAUCACAUAAUGUAAAUAGUUCGAGGGGUAAUCAUUCACAACAGACACAUUAUUCCACGCCUCAGCAAUUUUAUCAAAAUCCAUCGAGGCAAUCUCAAAACCGCCCCCAAUAACACAAUUUGCUCUUAUUUCAGUAUAUCUUAUUGUCUGCCUAGUUGAAAUAAUAAGAAAAAUGAAUGUGGAUUUCUUCAAUAAGUAAAUUUUUAUUAAAUUUUAGACUACGAAAGCGAGCUAUAUUCGAUGAUUGUACAAAUUUCAAAAAAUAAUAGCAAUAAACAUGUAGGGAAAAAAUAUAUAUAGAAAAAUAGAUUCUUAAAUAAUCCUGACUCUGGCAGAUCUUGUUCAAUUACUUAUAACAGCAUUUCAGUGUUGAAAAUGUGGUAACUUUGAUAUUUUUCUAUGUAUCUCAUUUUCAACAUUC